CAACAACUGUUGGCGAUCGCUGUGGUUGGGGAUAGUUCGGCUGAGACAAGGGUUAUUGAAGUAAAAUAAAUAAACAAACAAACAUACAACCUUUUUUUUAACAUUCAUCAUGGCACCGAGAAAACGGACACAGACUUCAAAAAACAAGAAAAACCCGAAGACGCGCAAACUGGAAGCUUUUCUGCUAGAUUUUGACGACGAAGUUCGCACCGUUGUUGAGAGAUUGAAGGACAAGACCAACGACCUUCUGAAAGAUGCAGACAACCUUUAUGUGGCAGCACUGAUAAAACUGCCAAUGGCAGUGAGGAAGAUGAACUGGAUUGAAUACUGCAAUUUGGACAAGCCAAAGUCACCAGUGGAUGAUUCAAAGGUGCCAGAGGAAGCUGCCCAGGUUGAACUUGCUAUUGCUGAGAAUAAUGCAAUUCCUUCCAAAGUUGCUUUAAAAGCCAAGAACAGUGCAAAUUCUGAUGAUGAAAUCAUGGCACCCCUGAAGUCUACAGUGAAGAAGAAGAAAGCGCCAAAGAAGGCACCUUCGACUUCCAAGAAGGCUAAAGCUCUCGCUGUCAGCACUCAGGGAAGCACCAUUCGAAAGUCUACAAGAAAGCCUCUGGUCACCCCUGCUAGAACUUUUCUAGAGUCUUCAGUCAUUGGCCCAACACCACUCAUUACACCACGAUUUGACUCCAGAUUGCCAAAGACUCCAGCAAUCAGACUUCCACGGCAUCAGGAGAAGGUGUUUAGCAUGUCUGUCAAUGGCUCACCCAUUGCUGGGAGUGCAGAAGACAUUGUCAUUAGCGUCCCACUUGGAAAUGGAGAGUGCAUUCAGCUGCUGGCCAAUGAGAUGGACUCUGUGGAUCUGAGUCAGCUAGAUGAGAAAGCACUACGCAGGAUAAGAAACCUGCAGAAUCGUCUCACAACUCUUUGUGGAAUGUCAAAGUGAAACAACUCUGCCAGCUUUGUACAGCACGCUUUCCUUUCAUUUUUCUUUAUACACAUUAUUGUCUUUUAUUAAGACCGAUUUUAUACGUUUUAUAACAUUGUAGGGGUUUUUCUUUAUAUUCAGUGACUUCUGAAAGCUUUUAAAGGAUACAUGUAAAUACGAUUAGUAGCAGUUUUGUAUUGCACGUGAUCUGUGUAGUGUGUUCUAACUUCUGUAAAUAUGACUUUUUAGAAAGACGAGAUUACACAACCCUAAAUGUUCUUUCCUGCCUGUUGCUGUGAUUUGCAUAUGAAUAUGAAACCUAUCAUUUCGAAAAUGAAAAUUGCCUUUUACUCGCCAUCAAACCCAUCUGUUUUUCUUUUCUCUGUCAGACACAAAGUUAACACUACUUUUUUUCAAUACAUCAAAAGCCUGCAGUCCACAGGAAUGAAUUGUCAAAACAUGGAAAGUAUACCACUUUUCACAAGUUUGUUUUUGAUAUUUUCCCACAUAUUAGAAUAAUAGUGCAGAUGUUAAGAUUAAGUUGAUUAGAAACAUUUCAGUCAGGUGACACUAAACCGUUGAACUGUAGUGUAUUUUGACAGCGUAUAACUACUGAGUGACUGUUCCACAGUAUUGUUUAACUAGAUUGCCCUCUGGUGGUUGUAUGGUAAAACUACGGUAAGUGAACUGAUGUCAGGUGAAGAAGGUAUAUGAAAUAAAAAAAAACAUGUCUUUACAG